GCGGGGUCCCUGUGAGUUUAAACGCCGCGAACAGCACGUGGCUGUUACAAACCUCUCGAGCAGGACACUCCGUGUAGAGGCGGGGGAGCUCGAGGAGGGGUCAGAUACAGAUGCAGUCGGGAUGGAGCAGGGAGGACAUUUGCUACCCGCGGAGGGCGCGUGGAUGGAUCUAACGGAUAUUUUCUGGUGGUGAUUAAGUUAUGUCGAAUCUUAACACGGAUGACAGUUUGUCUUCGGAGCAUUUUUGAAUUUUUUUCAGAUUUUUAUUUAGUCCGUUUCUGUCUCGGAACGGAUCGGAGAUGACAGCGCUGAAGAUAAGAAGCAGGUGAGAGAGAGAGCAAGAGGGCGGAGAGAGAGAGGGGAAAGGGACGGUGUGGUUUCAACGUUUUUCUCCAAAGACAUGUGAAAUAUAACUAACCCUUCGCGGAUGUGUGCUAGUGAAUAACACAUAUUAUUUCCCUGGAUUUUUAUUUUAUUUUUUUACCGUCACGCCUGAGUGAUUAAAAUAAUGGAUUUCUUGAAUUUCUCCGAGGUGGCGGACGAGUGGAAUACCACAUACACCAACUCCUCCUCGGUUACCGGGGACACUGAGUACUCUCUCCUCUCCAUAACGGGACUGGCUGUAGUCGUUGGCUUUCUCAUCCUGUUUACCAUAGUGGGCAACGUUCUGGUGGUCAUCGCCGUUUUGACCAGCCGCGCUCUCAAACCGCCACAGAACCUCUUUCUGGUGUCUCUCGCCAGCGCGGACAUCCUAGUGGCUACUCUCGUCAUGCCCUUCUCUUUAGCCAACGAACUCAUGGGCUACUGGUUCUUCGGGAAAGUUUGGUGCGACAUCUACUUGGCGUUGGACGUCCUCUUCUGUACGUCGUCUAUAGUUCACCUGUGCGCUAUCAGCCUCGAUCGUUACUGGUCGAUCACCCAGGCGAUAGAAUACAACCAGAAGCGGACUCCCAAACGGCUGAAGGGGAUGAUCGUAGUGGUGUGGCUGAUCUCGGCUGUUAUUUCCUUUCCGCCGUUGAUCUCCAUGGACAGGAGCAGCGGUGGGGACAUCAGUCCUCAGUGUCGGCUGAAUGAUGAGACCUGGUAUAUCCUCUACUCCAGUAUAGGGUCCUUCUUCGCUCCCUGCGUUAUCAUGAUACUAGUCUACAUCAGGAUCUACCAGGUUGCUAAGACGCGGACACGGACCAUGUCGGAGAAGAAGAGAGAGGUGGAGGACAACGGAACGGCCCCGUUAAACGUUAACGGGUUGGAGCAGGGGGGCGAGGAGGGGGGCAGAGGGUCUCUGAAGGAGAACGGUGGGGGCGGAGGGGUUGCCCGGGAGAACGGGCACUGCCAGCGCCAGCAGAAGACGCCGGUACCACCGGGGCUGUUACCCAACGAGCCCAAAUCAACCCCCGACCCAGACGAUGCAGACGACUUUGACGACAGCAGCUCGUCGGACGAAAAACCCCAAAAACGUCCCCCUUCCUCCUCCUCUUCCCAACAUCAUCAUCAUCAUCACCACCACCAUCAUCACCAUGAUGACAAGAAGGACUCCAAACCCUCAGAGAUCAGGAAGUCCACAGGAAGCAGGAAGAGCAGCUUGGCUUCAUCCAAACCCUCAGAGAGCAGGAAGUCCACAGGAAGCAGGAAGAGCAGCUUGGCUUCAUCCAAACCCUCAGAGAGCAGGAAGUCCACAGGAAGCAGGAAGUCGCGCUCCAGCUCUAGGUCCAUGGAGAUGUUCUCGUCCCGUAGGAAGCGGCGGAGCACCGUAAACAGGAAGACGAUAACGGCAGCGAGGGAGAAGAGGUUUACCUUCGUCCUGGCGGUGGUGAUGGGCGUCUUCGUGGUCUGCUGGUUCCCCUUCUUCUUUAGCUACAGCCUGUAUGGAGUGUGCCGGGCGCCGUGUGAGAUCCCUGAGACUCUCUUUAAGUUCUUCUUCUGGAUAGGCUAUGUUAACAGCUCCCUCAACCCCGUCAUCUACACCAUCUUCAAUCAGGACUUCAGACGAGCCUUCCAGAAGAUUCUAGUCUGCAAGUCAGGGAAGAGGUCUUUCUGAACAGACACGGAUGUGGGACCAAUAUUUGAAAACGGAUGGACCUACAGUAUAUGCAUAUUAUGGUCCACUACUUUUGACGAGAACCCAGUCAUUCAGAAAAUACUCUGCAAGUCAUGGAAGAGGUCCUUCUGAGGGGAAGUCACAUGGACCAUAAUGCUUUCUCCAGCCACAUGGACCAUAAUGCUUUCUCCAGCCACAUGGACCCUAAUGCUUUCCCCAGCCACAUGGACCAUAAUGCUUUCUCCAGCCACAUGGACCCUAAUGCUUUCUCCAGCCACAUGGACCAUAAUGCUUUCUCCAGUCACAGGGACCUAUUUAUAUUGGGUUGUGUUUGAAAUGCCACCAUAUUCCCUAUGUAGGUCACAUAGAUUCACAUGAGACCCAACAGCCGAAGGAUAUCAAGGAUCUGGAAAGAUUCUGUAUGGAGGAAUGGUCUCAGAUUCCUCCCAAUGUGU